AUGGCGAAGUCCAUGAACAGAUGCGACGAGUCAUCUCUGGCCAAACGCAAACUUGGCCAGACUUUCCAGAGCGACCUUCCCAAACACGUUUCGGUGGACGGUCUUCCGGACUCGGUCUGCUACCGCGAUAUCGAGCUCUUUUACCUUAAAGACCCAGAUAGCAAACGCGAUGUUCUUUGUGCCAUUAUCAAGUUUUGCAAUCUUAAAGUCCCCAAGCGCAGCCAUUCUAUUGACCUCCGGUGGAAGCCGGAGAUGUUAGAUACCCCCUUUCUUCGGCGCCUUGAACGCACUACAUACGGCUACGAACUUCAUAAAUCUUUGCCGAUGACGUACGACUCGAGCCGACAGGCGCUCCAAGAGUUGGGUCGAGAUGCGAGAUUUAAGGAUAAUAUUGGCUAUUAUAACUACCGGCGCUGGACUACAAAUAAAGUUAAUUGGAACUUUACUAGCCAGGAACGGAAACGGGUGCUCGGCUAG